AUGUCUGAGAUAUUGCAUGUGCAUACAUCAUCUAACACUAUGCAUAAGCAUUCACAACCAUCACCACAGACGCUAUCUUCUAGGUCAUUGUCACGCGUACAGUCUUCCCAGCCAUCAUCACUUAGACAGUCAGGCAUAAGUGACACAGUUUCAACUAAGCGAGGUCGAGGUCCAGCUAAGGGUCCUAUGGAAUGGGGAACUGGAGUGAAACUUAAGGUUGAGUUUGAUUCCAAGUUUCAGCCAAUAGGUAAGAAUGAAAAAUGGCUAAAGUCAGCGUUGGAAAAUAUAGUACGCAAUGAGCAUAGAGUUCCUUUCACUUAUAUCGAUUGGGCUUCAAUACCUGUUGAUAUACUUGAUACAAUUUGGAAAGAAGUGGAGGCUGAAUUUGAUGUGCAACUUUCUCAAUAUGAUGAGUCAGACCGUACACCACCUCUUCGAGAUCAAAUUUUCCACAAGUUGUUGGGAGCAGAUAGACAUGGAUACUGCAAGACCUACAGCACUGAGCCGCAAAUUAAAGCUGAAUUUGACAAGAUUCAUGCAAGGAUUUGUUUGUUGGAAUCACAAGCCGAUAGUGUAGGUGGAUCUAGGGUUAAUGCCAAUCAGGCUCUAGACACGUCUAGUGCACAUCAGUUGUUGAGGGAGUCGGAUGAAGAAAUACCGCCACGGUCAAUUGAGAAGUCAUCCAUACCAUCUCCAUCUCCCUUGCCUUUUGAUGAG